AUGGAGUUAACGAUUAAGGAUAUGUUGAUAUUGAUGAAGGAGAUCAUGGAAAGGAUGAUGAUGGUGAAGAACGAGAUGAUGAUGUUGAUGAUGAUGAAGGAGAUCAUGGAGGUAAUGAAGAAGAAAAAGAAGAUGAUGAUUAAGAUGGAGAUGAUGAUGAUGCAAGUGAUGAUCGACAUAUCCUGGUCGUGUUUUCGCGGCAGCGCGCCAACUUUCGCUCUGCGUCGCUGUUCAGUAUGGACGGACGGUUUUGUGAGAGUGUUCAUGUACUGGGCAUCAUCCAUUCUCGUAGUCAGCAUUUGUGUCGAGGUGUAUCGAAUGAUCUAA